CGCGAUGGAGGUCGAGUUGUCGUGCGCGCUGUGCUGUCAGCUGCUGACAGAACCGCUGCUUCUGCCGUGCUGCAGUCGUGCCGUGUGUGCCUCUUGCGCCAAGUCCCCCCCGCCUCCUCAGCCCAAGACAGACGGUGACGACAGUGAUAAGGCCUCCGUCUACAGCGAGACAGACAGCGGCGUCAUCGUCGCCCCGUCUAACCCGUCAUCCAUACGGUCACUCGUGCCGUCUAUAUCUUCCCCUCCUCCUCAUAUCCUACCGACCUCGUCGUCGACGCCGUUCAUCGAAGGAGGCGCCCCAUGGACCACGCAUCUCCUGAACCACGGAGCCCUGCACGCAGGAUCCGUGCAGUGUCCUGCGUGUCACAAACUACUCAUGUUAGGACCAGACGGACUGUGUGGCCUGGCUCCGUACCCGGCAAUGGCCAGGAUUGUGACGCGAUACAGGAGCGGAUUGCUGAGCAGCAACGGAGGGCCGGCGUCGUGCCAACUUUGUGAAGGAUCUCCCAAGGAUGCGACGACACAAUGUGUGCAGUGUAGGAUACUAUACUGCACAACUUGUCUCGCUUCUUGUCACCCUAUGAGGGGCCCGCUGUCCACACACUCGCUGGUGCCGGUGUGCGCGACUGUGUCUGUUGGCGCCAUACAAACUACUUUGUGUUCUCCACACAGUGAGAAGAGUAAUGUGUAUUGUACGAUGUGUAGAAGUGUCGCGUGUGACAAAUGUGUUAAGGAAAUACACGUUCAGCAUGAUCUUCAGCCUCUCGAACAUCUCGCUAAAACUUACAAGGCAGAGCUGUCUGCGUGUCUGCAGCAGCUGAGCGGCCGCGCCAAGUCUGCUCACCAUCACAUCACGCAGUCUGACGUUGAGAAGGACCGACCAGAAAGCCACUGCGACGCCCUUGCCGCGGCGCUGGAGAGGCAGUGUGCUGAACUGGCCGAGGCUGUGGCCUGCGUCAGGGAGAGACUGCACAGCCAACUGCAGGCACAGCGUGAGGCCACAGCAUUAUGACUAGACAGCGCCAGCUCGUGCACGCGGCGUCUGCAGCAGACGACGGCGCUGGUGCAGUUCUGUAUUGAGGCUAUCAAGGAACCUGACAGCGCUGCCUUCCUGCAGAUGGGCCCUCACCUGACGGGCCGUGUGAGUGACCUGGACCUGGCAUGGGACCGCGAGCUCACGUCACACCCCGCGUCUGAGCUCAGCCCCUACCUCCCUCUGGACCUCGACCAUCAGCAGGCGCUUAGAGCAAUCAACUCAUUCAACUUCAUCACCAUGAAACCCGCGAGGGAUGGAGAGGACAGACUGCCGGCCGUGUGUUCAGCGCCGCAGUUCAGCAGCGGCGAGUGCAGCGGUGAGAGCGACAGACUUACGGUCGUAUGGACACCCCACGCCACCUCCAGGGCGGACACUUUCACCCUCGAGAUGGACAGAGGCGGAGGACAGUUCACGGAAGUUCACCGCGGGCCCGAGACAGUUUGUUCAGUUGAAGGCCUGCAGUUCAACACAGUUUACACCCUGAGAGUUAAAGCUUCCAACGCUUCAGGCGACUCCCCGUACAGCGUGCCUAUUGCCAUCAGAACUGCGCCAGGCGCGUGGUUCCCGCUGAUCAGGUCGCUGUCACACCCUGACUGCGCGAUAUCAGACCAGGGCGCCACCGUCACGUGUGACAGCUACGAGCACAGAGUGGCGGCGUCUGGCGUUGGCUUCUCCCGCGGCCGCCACUACUGGCAGUUCAGGAUAGACGCGUACGACGCUAACGCCGACGUUGCGUUCGGCGUCGUCAGGAAGCAAGUCAACAAAGAAGUCAUGCUCGGUAACGACGAGUACGGCUGGGCGAUGUAUAUCGACCACCAGCGGUCGUGGUUCCUGCACGGGUCGACGCACCACGGGCGCUGCGAGGGCGGCAUAGGGGGCGUGGGGGCCAUCGUGGGCGUCCUGCUCGAGUGGCGCCAGCAGAAGGCUUCUAUAUCCUUCUAUGUUAAUUAUGAGCAGCAGGGCGACGUAGCUUUUUCCGACAUCGAAGGUCCCCUAUUCCCUGCCGUGAGCGUCAACCGCAACGUGUGCGUCAGUUUACACACGUCGCUAGACGCGCCCGCGCACCUAACGCAGACCGUGCGCAAGACGCUGCAAUCCACGCACGGCCGAGCCUUACACACGUCGCUCGAUACGUCCAUAAUUGAGACGUCGAACUUACCACCAAGCAUGCAGAACAUGAAUAUUGGCGGACACUCGGAUUAUGACAGUCAAUCUGAUACAUAGACUACAUUCAGAGAAAUUAGUGGGAUUGUGUCCAAAUAGCGAUGCACUUAUACUAAAUAUCCCCGCCUGUCACGCGGGAGACCGGGGUUCGAUUCCCCGCCUGGGAGGAUAUACCCCUUGUGUGGGUAAUCCGGACCUCGUCUGGCCCGGAAAAAGGGCAUAUCAGUGUUGCGUCCGCUCUCUGCCCGUCUUGUGGGUAAGGAGGCGAGUCACUAUUUUGACAAUAUGACCCAUUCAUUUUUCUGAAUGUGUGUGGGAGGGAACUGUGUCAUAGCGAGCACCCGCUGCGGGAUCUUAUGAAACAUUGUGCUUACGAAUUAAGAUUCAAUUGUAAAUAUUUGAUAGGGAAAAACGAGUUCAUAGAUUAAUUUUUUACUAAAAUGUUAGUAGGCUGGUUUAGCUUGAGAAGGCCUGGAAUCAAGAAUAAGGAAUGAACGCUGAAUUUACAAUGAACGCAGCGCAGGAUUGAAAUGUUAUUUUGGAGAGUUCUUGAUGGAAAGAUAAAUGUACCUGAGAGAUAAUUAUUCUAGUAAGCGGGAGCCUUGAAUGGUUUACAUGAGGAAGAGCUCAGGAUUGACGGGAAGAAUAAAAUUGAUCUCGCUUUGGUGCGCAAUUCAUACCAAAAGAAUCAUUAAGUUUUGUAAAUCCUUUGCCAGAGAACCAGGAAUCAAAAUCAGAAAAGACUGAUGCUUGUUUAUUUCAAGAUGAAUUACUCGUACAUUUAUUGGAACUUUCCAUGGCAUAUUUUCCUAUAAUUACAAUAACAUUUUCUACAGUCACAAAGUACAAAAUCUCCAGUCGGAGAAGCUGAAACGAUUUAAUAGUUUUGUACAAAAAAAUUUAAUCAUGAGAGCUGGUUAAUGACGAAAGUGAAUAAUGUGUGAAUAUAGCCUGUAUGACGCGUUAAAUAUAAAAAAUUCUGAAUAUGUCAUAUAAUAAUUUGUAAUUCAGCUGGGACUAUAGAAAAAGCGAUCAGCGUUUCAUUGUGCAUAGUUUUGUUAAGAAUAUUACGUCCGCAGAAUACCUGCCUGUACAAAUACUAUUUACUUCGUGUCAACACUUUUAUACCGACACUCUACUUGCAUUAGCUUAAGGUUUAGUUUGCUGAGGAAUUUUUCCUCACCACGGAAGUCCUGUUAAUAAUAUUUUAGUCUCCUAUUAUAGGAUCUACAUUCUCGAUGGUGCUUUUGAAAUGAAUUUUCAACAAGUUCGUUUUACACGCACAUCCACUGAUUAAUUAAUUAAUCUCUAAUCGUUUUCUAAUGAGGUUGAAUUAUUUUCAUUUCAGGGCCUCUGUUGGGAAAGUAAGAUACUAGUUGGGUUUAUAUAAUGAUGAUGACAUUAUGUAUCAGUUGACAUGUAUAACAAUUGAAGGGAAUAUGAUUUUAUAACAUUAGUGAAGAUUUAGAAGAGCAUGAAUAUUGUUACACCAAAACUCACUAGCGCAUGUGUUUUUGACAUUGCAAGUCUAAAUUAAAUAUAAAAUAAUUAAAUUAAUGGACGAUAGAAGUAUCUGAGCAGCGAGAUAUAGAAAAUAUUUUGUAAAUUGCAGUGCAAUUUACAAAUCCAAAUGUUAAUUAUUUGGGCUAUUUCUAUUUCUGAUGUUAAAAUUACUGCAAAGAUAAGUUUCGAUGAUGUUGCAAGUUCUCAAAGGUUAAACAGAUGAGUUUAAGUAUUUCAAGUCCGUCUGACAGGCACGAAGCGUGUCAGCCAUGGCAGUAAAUAUGCUUCGUCUACUCUAUGUGUUGUAUGAAGGCCAUUUAUUACUUUACAUUAAAUUUUUUAGUCCUACUCGAGAAUAGGAUGCCCUCCGCAUGAAGUUUGAACUAUGAUCAUGAUCAUAAUUUAUCAUUAUUAUUAUUAUGGUUAUUAUUUAUGAUAAGGGUGGCCGAGAGAUUUAGAUCUGUAUGAUUGGAGUAAUGAUUUUGUGGUUCAAAACCCGCAACUAUUUAUCAAAAUUCUAGCCGAAAUCUUUAGUCACAACGAACGUUUUAUAAUUAUACAUUUUAUCUCAGCCUGCCUGUCAUUAAUUAGGUAAUUGUGUUAGCCAAUAUUGCCUGAACAUGCAUUUUAAGAUCAAAGCUUAAGCUAAGAGUUUUUCACGAGUGUCCGGAAUUUCAAGCGUGUGUUCGCUGUUAAGAACUGUUUUGAAUUGAAAAUCUACGUUCAGAAGAAUGAGUGAAACAUAAAGAGUUGUUUCGUUGAUCAAAUGUUACCGAGCUCAUCUUUAUUGCACACAGCCUCAGGUUUAUGUGGUGCAUUAUUCACCUCUCAAAAUUUCACUGCCAAAAUUAUCUCGUAUUAUACAUACUUUUUAAAUUUAUUCCGCUGUAAUCAUAAAUUUAAGUUGUUAAUUCAGCCAUGUUCGAAAAACCGGAUGCAACUAUCACCUAUUGAUUCUCUACAGUGAUGAUUGUGUGUGAAAUUUUUCAUGAAAAUUUCAUUUUGAAAUGGAUGCUUAAAAACGUUCGACCGCAUGUGGAUGAACGAAAAAAAAAAACUCUCAUAAAAAAUUCUAACGACGGAACGCAACCAAGGGGUUAAUAAUUAUGAUGAUUAAAAAUCGGCCAAUUCCUUUUAAACGGUUAAAAAGUUCCUGAAACGACAACUGUGCUUAGCCUGUCAGUUGCUAUACUCCUUUUCGCUCAUGCUUGCGACUUCAAAUGAGUAAUGCAGUUUUCGAUUUUUUUAUCGGAAUUUCAUUUAGGAAAUAUCAAUUCAUUUGCCUUUUAUAUGCAUGAUAUUUCAUGGAUUUCAUCUGGUCUGUCUCCAAUUCUGGAUUGAAAAUUUGCGUGCAGGAUGACAUACCUACAAUUUCUAUUUUGGAAUUUAUAAGUGUUAAAACAUUGGCCGACCUGUGACCAUUGCCUACUGACGGUAUCGAUGUUACACACCCAUACCUUUAGAUGCGAAUUGUAUUGACGAUGGUCAGUGUAUCAGUAGAUAUACGGUAACCAUUAGUAUACUGAUGGUAUCGAUAGUUACUAUACCAUUAGAAACGAAGAGCAUUGAGAACGAUCAAUGUAUGCCAGUGCUAUAAUGGUUAAGCUGAGCAAGUUCAAGCCACUCAUUUCUCGCACUCGUAACCAUAUACCUUCACAAACAUGUACUUGUUCAAAUGUUAAACGUGUUGCAGCCACGUUUACUUCACCGUCUGCUACAGAAAAUUUGUACAUUAGUUCAUGUCCAGUGUAAACGAAGAAAAUGGAAUAGUUUAGUUUAUGACACUGUAAAUUGUGUAAUUAUCUUGAAACUUUUUCGAUAAAAAUUCUAUUUCUCUUUGCCAUAUUCUUUCUUGGAAACUAUUACUGAUGUAAAAUUUGACCAAUGAAU